UUUCAAGGCGUGUACGGCUCAGAUAAAGCCCAGACACAUGCGCCGCCGCGCCUCCACUUCUGCCUCCAACUCGCUACUGCUGCGAGCACAAACCCUCGCCGGCGGCCGGCCGUCCUUCGCUUCGCAGCUCGCUAGCAAUUGAUUGGCCGGCGAUGGCGCGGGGCUCCAGAAAGAAGAAGAGGGACACAAGGAGGAUGGCGCGCGGCCGAGUGUCCGACCUCCCUGACGACCUUCUUGUCGAGAUCCUCUCGCGCUUGCCCUACAAGUCCACCCGUUGCUGCAAGUGCGUCUCCACGCGCUGGCGCGAUCUCAUCUCCCACCCCGACCACCGCAAGAAGCUUUCUCAGUCGACCCUCGCCGGCUUCUUCUUUGAAACAUGGGACACAAAAAAGGUUUCCCGUCGUUACCAAAGCGUCUCCGGGAACUGGCACCCUCCCAUCAACUCCUCCCUCUCGUUCCUGCCCCGAUGCGAGAAACUCCGCAUAUUGGACUGCUGCAAUGGCCUCCUCCUCUGUAAGUGCUGGCAGGACACUGAUCGCAAGAUACUGGAUUACGUGGUGUGCAAUCCGGCCACUGAGAAGUGGGUGGUCGUGCCUGCCACAAAUUGGUCCAGCCAGUUGUACAAAGCUCGCCUGGGGUUCGAUCCAGUGGUCUCAUCACACUUCCAUGUUUUUGAGUUCGUACCUACCUAUGUCUGGGAUGGGGAUAAGAGUGGUGAUCAUAGUCAAAGAUGCAUCAAAGUGGUGGGAAUCUACUCUUCCAAAGCUGGAGUUUGGAAACGCCAGCGCGCAUGGGACCUUCCAAUUGAAACAGUCCACUUUAUAGGUAGCGCAUUUUUGACCGGGAUCCUGUAUUUAACUUCCAAUAAUGAUUUGGUUGCGACCAUCGACGUGGAUGGAAAUUGCAGUUUUGUUCGUGCUCCUAAACCACACUGUCCCGGUUGUGCUUAUGAUGUUUAUGUAUCACGCAGCCAUCUUUAUUACACAAAUUGUGAUGAUUCUGAAAUAUCAAUCUGGGUUUUAGAAGAUUUUAGUACUGCAAAAUGGACCUUGAAGCUCAAUGUCAGCUACAUGCUACUGUUUGGAACAAGGUAUUCAAGCCAUGAUGAUCAUUGUUGUGUUAUCUCAGCUCACCCAGAACAUAAUGUCAUGUUCAUAAUUGUCAAAUAUACAUUGUAUUGGCGUUCACUGGUGGAACUAUUUUCCUACGAAAUGGAUUCUAAGGAGCUGCGUUUGAUAUGUGAUCUUGGACGGGAAUCCAGCUUCCCUUAUCUUUCAUACGUUCCCUUGUUCUCAGAGUCAUUGGCAGAUGAACACUAAAAGUCUUGCAUAUUGGAGCCUCACAAUUGUACAUCUUUCUGAUGAUACAAGAGUUACGUCUUGAAUACGGGAGGCAAUGAAGGAUAUACCUUUACAAAGUUUUUUGAUAGGCUCUAGGUGCUUGAAUGAGCGCAUUUAUCCGACUUUAUACGGCUAGCUAUACAGUCAACAUAGUACCUGCUUGUGUUUGUGUAGUUAUAAAUAUAUUAGUAGCCUGUGCAGAUGUAACACCUUAGUACUUCACCAUGGAUACUCAGA